UCGUCACUACAUCCUCGUUCUGUCGCCCAGUUCUAUCUUCUAGGUGUGAAAAAGCAGAAAAAAAGGAGGAGAGAGAGAGAGAGAGAGAGAGAGAGAGAGAGAGAGAGAGAAGAGUCUCUAAAUGUUAUUUCCUCUCAGCUUCGGAGUUCGAUUAUUGAAUAUUGAUUAGAGAGAUACGUUAUUUUAUGCCAUCAAUUGUUAUUGAAGAAAGCGUAUGCCUCCUGAGUGAGUUUUAAGACUCUUGAGGACGAAAGAGGGAAUUUGGGUGGUUGGUUGGUCGGUGCUGGCCGGAAAAAAUGACGACGAGAGCAGCAUCAGGGAGGUUGCCGACAUGGAAGGAAAGAGAAAACAACAAGAGGAGGGAGAGAAGGAGAAGGGCUAUCGCUGCUAAGAUAUACACUGGUCUCAGGGCACAGGGCAACUACAAACUUCCCAAGCACUGCGACAACAACGAGGUCUUGAAAGCUCUCUGUGCUGAAGCUGGUUGGGUCGUCGAAGAAGAUGGCACCACUUAUCGCAAGCAGGGAUGCAAGCCACACCAAACUGAAUUCGCGGGCACUUCAACCAACAUCAGUCCAUGUUCUUCGCAUCAACCAAGCCCAGCAUCUUCUUCAUUCCCAAGCCCUGUUCCUUCCUACCAUGCAAGUCCAGUUUCUUCUUCCUUUCCAAGCCCUUCCCGUUAUGAUGCCAACGCAUCGUCCUCUUAUCUGCUACCAUUCCUCCGCAACUUGGCCUCCAUCCCUUCUUCCCUUCCACCUCUGCGCAUCUCCAACAGCGCGCCUGUUACUCCGCCACUCUCAUCCCCAACCAACAGAACUCCAAAGAUGAGGCCUGACUGGGGGGAUUCCCUCUCCAACAGUUCCUCCAUGGCCUCCUUCCGCCACCCACUUUUCGCCGCUUCAGCCCCUGCAAGCCCAACUCGUCGCCAACAUUUCCAUCCUGCCACUAUACCCGAAUGCGACGAGUCCGACACCUCUACUGUGGAUUCCGGCAGAUGGGUCAGCUUCCAAACGGUAGCAUCACUACCUUCUGCAGCUCCGGCGUCUCCUACCUUCAAUCUGGUGAAGCCCAUGGUGGCUCAGAAUAACUCGCCCCAGGAUGACUCCGCCGCAGGGAUAGUUUGGGGGCGAGGACCGGAGUUCGAGUUUGAGAGCGGAAGAGUGAAACCAUGGGAAGGUGAGAGGAUUCAUGAAAUUGGAGUGGAUGAUCUGGAGCUGACACUGGGGAGCGGCAAGGCUCGGAAUUGAAGGUUGGAAGAACUAAAGAUUAGAAAGGAAAAAAGCUCUUUCUUUUGAUAGUGUGGGUUUUUUCACUCAUCACUGGUUUUCCUUUUCUUGAAGAUUUGGUUUUGUUUUGAUGCUGUACUGUGUUAUGGUUCCGAUCUCUCAGGGAUCCAGAUUAGUUCCAAAUUGAAGAAAAGGUGAUUGCUGAAGAGCAGACUAAUCCCAUGGGAUAAUCUGAGAUUUUACAUUGGGGGAAACUUGUGAUUCCUUUGUAAAUGGCUUAGGACUAGAGAGAAGAGAACGAGAUGGUAGUAGGGCUGUAGGAUGUUAAACUUUCUAUUAUUAAUCCUUGACUCUUCUUUGGCCUUUUCCAAGUGAUCAUUUUAUUUGGGCUUCAAAAUUCUAAUGUGGAGUUGAGUUAUAUUUCA